ACAUGACCGACAUAGCAAGUGGCGACGACGAGACGAUUGUCGUGCCCGGAGUACAUGUUCGGAGCUGGACGACUUCCAGCGUACGUUUGGGCGGCCUCAGUAUCGCCCUUCCAGGUCGAGUAGUGGUUUCGUAUGCCCCCAACACCACUUCCACGACCACGACCACACUCAUUACCGUCACAUCAAGUACUCGAGCCCUGCUAUCGCUAGUUCACGUAGACGUAAACAUGACAGCAGACGACGUCAAUCAAAUGACGCUCCGAUUGGCCACCAGCGACGUCGAUGCCGCUGGCACGCUCCUGGUCCACGUCGCGUUGGGAAAUCCCGUGCACGUGUUCUCAACCGUGGCCGAAACCCUCGUGCAAACUGGAGCGUUGGCGCUGCCGUCAUCCUCAGCUACGCCAAUGUACAUCACUUCCUACAGCAACGCCGCCGUGUGGAUUGAGUCGGCGUUGCCGAUAGCAGUCCCAGGUCUGUCCAUCACAGUCGGCGGGGCUGGCGACGUGCACUUGACCGCGCCGUCGAUUCAAGUGCAGCGCAACUUGAAGCUCACGAUCUUCGCGCAGGGCUCCGUGUCCAUUCAGGCACACACGAUCACAGCCAACACGAUCAAGUCCGAAGUGCCAGGGCGCGGCUCAGUGUAUGUCGAAGGCCAUGUCGAGGCCCCCCACUUGAUCAACGAUUUGUUGGGGAUGGGGUCGGUCAACUACUUUCCGUCGGGGCGCUGCGACGACAGCAAAAUCGACAUCGUGGGCUCCGGCAAUGCUUACGUCGGGUCUGUCGUGUGUGCCACCACCAGCGUCAACACGGUCGGCAAUGGCGACGCGUACGUCCAAGUGGUCGACACUCUCGCCCGCACCGGCUUUGGCUCUGGCUCGAUCAACUACUUCAACGUCACCCCGCUCCACUUGCCAGGAAACGCCGCCGGCCAAUCGUUUCCGUUUUUGCGCCAGCCCACCGUCGCUCGAACUGACACCAACAAGCAUGAGACGGUGCAGUUGGCCCCACAGCCGCCAUGGCACGAAGGGUCGUAUGUACUCGUGCGACUAACCACUGCAACCUUGCGGUGGCCCCCCAUGGUGUUGAUGGACAAGUUGUUUGCGGACGGGAUGACGUACGACAGGGAUCUAGACGAGGGGGCGAUGGGGGACGUAGUUGGGCUCGCGAUGGUUUUUGUGCUGGGGCUUGUGCUGAUAGCGUACAAGCGGUUUCGACGAGGGGGAUACCAGUUGCUUCAAUAAAGUUGCCGGGUAUUGGCCAUAGCUACCGUUCUUGUUGAAUAGUUUACACGUGUGAAAAGUUGCUUACUACGGAGAAUUCACAGUGAGUGAUGCAAUAACUUCGAAAUACU